AUGAAAGGAAAAAUUUCUCGUACAGUUAGCUUUUGCAGAGAAAAAAUGAAGAUUUCAAUUUAUGCUAUUGCAGUUGCUACAGCAACUUUAGCAUUACCUGCACCUAAACAUGUUGAGGUGGAUCAAAAGGAUUCCAAAAUAGAUUGUAAAGUAAACAGCGAUAAAGCUGGAAAACGUGAUAAACCAUCGAAAACUCCAAAUCCUCCCAUAGUAAUAAUCGAACCACAUCUGUCUCCCGAACCACAACCUCAAAAAUCAACGCCACCGCCUCAAAAUUUAACAGUAAAACCUAAAAAAUCUCUUUAUAAUUGGCAUCCUAAAGUGGUUGAUCGAAAUAAUCCUCCUCCACCAGACAGACCUGAACGUCGACAUUCGCAUCAACCAAUAUCUUAUGUUGAUCAACCAGAAAUUGAAAGACGACGAUCAUAUAAUCCUAUACAGCCUCCACGGCCUGAUUCUCCAACAAUUCCCACUGCUGAUUUUGAUGAUAAUGGAGAAAGAAGGGAUGAUAUGAAUAAAAUACUAAAGACUAGUAAUCGUAUAUUACCUUCUGUAGUUAUUGAUUCACGUUGA